UUUACCCCCGCCCCCCUAGGUUCUUGUCCUCCUGACACCCAUUUGCUGCCUCAUUCCUCCUCCUGUCCGGUCAGCACUACACCAUGAGCUCCGCUCUGCUACUCUGCUUCACCCUCUGCCUUGGACUCUGCUGGGCACAGAACACCAACUACACCAGGCCGGAGUUUCUGUGCGGAGGAGACAUCUCCGGAGAGUCCGGCUACAUCGCCAGUGAAGGAUUUCCCAGCAAUUACCCUCACAACAAGAGAUGCGUGUGGAAGAUUACGGUUCCCGAAGGUCAUGUGGUCAUCCUCUCAUUCCGUUUACUGGACAUGGAGUCAGACCCCACCUGUCGCUAUGACUACCUGAAUAUAUACAAUGGCCAUGACACCAGCUCUCAGCGCCUGGCCCGAGUGUGCGGAACGUUCCGGCCCGGAGCUCUCAUGUCGUCUGGCCCCCAGAUGAUGCUGGAGAUGGUGGCCGAUGAUGGGACUGCAGGACGAGGGUUCCUGGCCUGGUACAGUGCUGGGGCUCCACAACAGGCUGACAGUCAGCUCUGUGGGGGUAAGCUGGAGAAACCCCAAGGAAGUAUAGCGAGCCCCAACUGGCCCGAAAACAACUACCCGAGUGGUGUAAGCUGUUCCUGGCAUAUCGUGGCUCCAAAAGAUCAGGUAAUUGAGCUGUCAUUUGGAAAAUUCGACAUAGAAGAAGAUAGUUAUUGCCGAUACGAUUACCUUGCCAUAUUUAAUGGUGGAAUGACGGACAACAGCCUGCAAAUUGGCAAAUUCUGUGGAGACACCCCUCCGAACACAAUCUACUCUGACGGGAAUGAGAUGCUGGUCCAGUUUGUCUCUGACCUCAGUGUCACGGCCGAUGGCUUUGAGGCCAUCUACAGGAUGAAACAUGCUUCCGAGGUGCAGAAGAAGACCACAGAGACGAAGGCCACCACAAGUAGUGCUGGACGCCCAGACGGAACAAAAGCACCCCCAAAAGCUAAGCCCACCCCAAAACCCACAACUAAACCCACCAAAAAACCCACAGCUAAACCCACCCAAAAACCUACAGCUAAACCCACCCGGAAACCGAAACCCACCAAACCUGCCAGUACGGCAAAGCCUAAAGUGAGAGCAUCGGCAUCACCCGGAGAUGCCAAGUGCCCUGAGAAAUGCCGUAAGACCGGGACAUUAGGAAACCACUUCUGCGCCAACCAGUUUGUGCUGACCGGGACCGUGAAGACCCUUGUGAAGGGCGAGGUGGAGGGCACGCUGCUGGCCAGUGUCAACGUCAUCCAGACCUACAAGACCGGGGAGCUGAGCGUUCAGGAGGCCGGCAAGACCAUGAGCGUCCAGGUCAUCAACGAGUGCCCCAAGUGCCCCAUCCUGAAGAAGGGUGCCAGUUACCUGUUCAUGGGCGGUGUGGACGCGGACGGUCGCGGUCGGAUCGUUGGCAACAGUUUUGUGAUUGGAUACCGCGCCCAGCAGCACCAGAUCCUCAGCAACAUCGCCAAGAAGCCAUGCUAGUGCCCCGUGUGGUCAUAUACUGCACUGCGCUUGCUUAGCCUCAUCUCAAUGAUGUCAUCUCCUCAUCCUGCAAUAAACCGACCACAA